ACAACACGUCAUUGUCACGUCGUGUCCUGUUUUUACUAGGACCAAAACAGCGUGUGUGAAAAGGUUGAUGUAUAAAAAGCAGUAAAUGUUAUAAAUAUCUGCUCCAUGUGCUGCAGGAUCUGAGUGAGAGCAGGAAGAACAGAGUGUGUGAGCGCUUUCCCAGUGUAAAGGGCGAGAUGGAACUAUAGGAGGUGCGAUGUGAAUGGACACAGUCACACAUAUGGACAAUGUGGUUACCAUGACGACAGACAAAGCAAACAGCGGACAGAAAAAGCAGGUCUGUGAGCAGCAACAGGAAGAUGGAGAGACUGUGGUGCAAGAUGCUGACGCGAUCGAGCCCCUUCUGGACGGACCCUCGGGCUCGCCGCUGACUCCUGGAGGCUCAGAGGAGGGACAGCAGCCCAGAUCACGCCAGCACGCCUCGACCGGCCGUGGCCUCUCACGCAUGUUCUCCUCUCUCCUGAAACGCCGCUCACAGUGCUCAGAUGAUGAGGGGGUCAAGCUGGAACGAGGCCAAGAGAAAGAGAGCCACCAGGAUCCCAAAGCUCCUAUCGCAGACCCUGAGCCUGAACUGCGGAUUGAGGGAGAUGCAGCACUAGAUGUGCACUCCAUUAGCAGUGCGGAGAACCAGGUCAUAGUGGACCAGAAAGAUGAUGAAGUGAAAGUGGAGAAGAGGGAAAAGAAAGAAAAGAAGCAAAAGAAAGACGAGAUGAAUAAAAACAGAGACAAGAAAAAGAAAACAGAGAAAGCAAAAAAUGUAGAGAAGAAAGAAAAGAAAGAAAUGAGGAACAAGGACAAGGUGAAGAAAGACGAAGUGAAGAAAGAGAAGGUGAUUGAAAUAGAAGAAGACAAAGAGAUUGAGGAGCAGCCCAAGCCUGGGGAAGAGGAGACCGAAGCAGCAGGAGCAGGGAAAAGAGAGGGAGAUGGAGAACAAGAGAGAAAGGAGAAGAUGACUGAGGAUGUAAAGCCUGAGAAAAGUCAGCGCAGACCCAGGAUCCUGCACUGUAAGGUCACUCUCCUGGACAACACACUGUUUGAGUGUGAACUUGAAAAACACGCCAAAGGCCAGAAUCUGUUUGCUAAAGUGUGUGAGCACCUGAACCUGUUGGAGAAGGACUAUUAUGGCCUCGCUGUGUGGGAGACACCAGUUAUUAAGACGUGGCUCGACUUCACAAAGGAGAUUCGAAGGCAAGUGCGAGGAAUCAGCUACGAUUUUACAUUCAAUGUGAAGUUUUACCCACCUGAUCCAGCACAGUUAUCUGAGGACAUUACCAGGUACUACGUGUGUCUCCAGCUGCGUAAGGACAUCAUGAGCGGCCGCCUGCCCUGCUCGUUUGUCACUCUGACCCUGCUGGGCUCAUACGCUCUGCAGUCUGAGCUUGGGGAAUACGACCCUGAGGUCCACGGCACAGACUGCUGCAAGGAGGUCAGGCUUAUCCCCAACCAGACAAAGGAACUGGAGGAGAAGAUCAUGGAGCUCCAUCGCACAUACAGAUCUAUGAGUCCUGCUCAGGCUGACAUGAUGUUCCUGGAGAAUGCCAAGAAGCUCUCUAUGUAUGGUGUAGACCUGCACCAGGCUAAGGAUCUGAACGGGGUGGAUAUCAUGCUGGGUGUCUGCUCCAGUGGUCUCAUGGUGUAUAAAGACAAGCUGAGGAUUAAUCGUUUCCCAUGGCCCAAAGUGCUGAAAGUCUCCUAUAAACGUAGCAGCUUUUUUAUCAAGCUACGGCCAUCUGAGCUGGAUCAUUAUGAGAGUGCUAUUGGCUUCAAGCUGCCCAAUUACAAAGCUUCUAAGAAGCUUUGGAAAGUGUGUGUAGAACACCACGCCUUUUUCAGGUUGACGUCUACUGAAGCCGCCACCACACCUAGGAAGAUCCUGGCCCUGGGCUCCAAGUUCAGGUAUAGUGGACGAACUCAGGCUCAAACUCGGCAGGCCAGCUCCAUGAUCAACCGCCCUGCACCUGACUUCAAGCGCUUUGCCAAUAAGAUGGCCUCUCACAGCUUAGAUGGAGCAAUGGUGUCCACUUUAAAUAAGACAGCACGUCCAGUCAGUGCUCCCAUCAUGUCUCCUAUCUCCAUUGGUGAAACAGCUCCUUCUCCCAUGGUGACAUCAGCCAUCCAGGUGGAGCACAAAGGCCUGGGGACACCCACAUGUCCACCGUCUCAGUCAGGGGAAAACAAGGUUGAGGUAAAGGCAGAGAGCUGUGUGACUGGGACCUUCAAAAUGCAAAGUGUUGCACUCGAGGACACGUCUGAGAUCAAGAUGCUUGUUCGGCGUGAGUGGCGGCAUCGUGGUGUCCAGGCAGUGACGACCACUAAAGGGGACAAAAUGAGUCAGCCCCCACAAGUGAUGGUGCGAAUGCGCAAGAAACGAGCGAAAAAAAUUGAGGGCGAAACUCUUUAUACCAGACAUAGCAAUUUAAUGUUGGAGGAUCUGGAUAAGACUCAGUCAGGGAUUAUGCGUCACCACAGCAGUAUCAGUGAGCUCAAGCGCAGCUUCAUGGAGUCGGUCCCCGAGCCACGGCCCAGUGAGUGGGACAAGCGUCUGUCCACAAACUCGCCUUUCCGCACAGCCAGCAUCAAUGGCCAGAUGCAGCCAGAUGUGACUCCUCUAGUGAAGACACACACAGUCACCGUCUCUGACGUGAGCAACUCCCCGAUCAGUGAAACUGCCACCAAGGAGGGGCCGAUAAUGCACACCGAGACCAAGACCAUUACAUAUGAAUCUGCUCAACCCAAUGAGAACAUCGGGAUGCUGCUCAACGCACAAACCAUUACCUCUGAGACCUUAAGCACCACAACCACUACACAGAUCACCAAGAUGGUGAAAGGAGGAAUCUCUGAAACCCGAAUUGAGAAGCGGAUUGUGAUCACCGGGGACUCUGAGAUUGACCAUGAUAAGGCUUUGGCUCAGGCAAUAAAGGAGGCAAAGGAGCAGCACCCAGACAUGUCUGUUACUAAAGUUGUAGUGCAUCAGGAAACAGAGAUCACCCCAGAUUAAAGUCUACUCCAUAAACCACAUACAGAAAUCCAUCCCUGAUUCACGUCCUCACCAGACUGAUGCUGAGCUCCAGACAGCUUCAACCACAGCCUCCUGUGACCAGCAGGAGGAACAUGACGGAUCACCUCCAGACUGUCUGUUCCAUCGGAUUCAACCUUCUACUGGAAUGCGCUCUUCUGUAGCACCUCUCUGUCUGUCUCUCUCUCUCUCUGUCUGUCUUUCUCUCUCUCUCUCUCUCUCUCUCUCUCUCUCUCUCUCUCUCUCUCUCUCUCUCUAUCUCUCUCUCUCUCCAGCUGAAUGUUUCAUGUCAAAUUGUUAUAACAAAACCUGUCUUUUAAUGCAAUUUUAAAUAUAGAUUUUAGCGGGUUUGAUAAACGGUAGGUUUUUAAUACGUUUUUAAAUCAUAAGUGGUUUUUAGGGUUUUGUCACAUGAAACAAAGGAGCAGCGGCAUCAGAAAUUAGUUUCGGUUGUUUGUCUUGUGUUAAAGAAUAUCGAUUAUUGUGAACAAGUUCUUCUCUUUCUUCUUCUUAAUAACUUUUAUCUUCUCUUUAGUUUUUGCUUCACUUCAUUUCACUUUUUACGGUUCUUAGAGACAGCCUGCUCUUUUUUUUCAUGCAGAUUUUAAUGAGUCUAAGUUGUUUUCCCCUACUAACAACCAAGUGCAUUACCCAGGAAGAUUCUUGUACACACACACACACACAGACCUUCCAACAGUCACAGAGUGAAUUAUGAUGUAGUUUGUGUUAUAGACGUCACUGCCAUACAGCCAUCUUUCCUCAUCUUCUUUUAGUCUUGUAGAUGUUUGACUGUGCUCUCUUAGUAACAGCUUUAUGUUCCCUGUCCUUCAACGCUGGUAUAAUUUACUGUUCAAAAGCGUAAAUUUCCUACCUUUUCCCCAUCCACGUGAUGCGACUGCUUCAUUAGUUGAAUUCCCUCACUAGCUUGCUAGCCUCUCACUAGGUGGAGUCUUUCCCAAUAUCCCAUGGCGUUUCCACUGUCUGGAAUGUUUAGCUGGGAUGUGAACAUGUGCCACUACAGGUUCACAUUCUCAUUCCUCUAAGUAUUUCCAUCCUAAGCACCCACAAACAUCACCAUCAGGCAGACUUGUGGCCUGUGGUUACAUUCUACGCAGAUAUGUUUUGCUGCCACAUCUUAACAUAUACUGUCCUCAGUCUUGGCAUGGAUCACCUUAAAGAAGCAACUUUGUCCAGUGGUACGCUGUUUGCACACAGAGCAGAAGCGGUAAUGGUUCUUGUACUGGAUUAAGCACUGAUACCCCUGUUGGGGAGUUGGUUGAGGCCUCGCUCUCAUCUGUGUGGUAUCUGGGCUAGGAUAUGGGGUGACUCAUAAGUCAGGUGUCAGUGGCACAGUCCAUCUUGUAAAACAGUGCAACACACCACUGAAGAGUCUGGCCGUUACGGGGAGACAGCUGUUAAAGGGAUGCUUUACAGCUGAAAGUAUCACCACUUGGUAGCAACACCAUUAGAUCCGUGGCCCUGUUGUCCUUUUUGCAGCAGUAGAAACUCCAGCUCCACUGAUGUCCCCAGACAUUUUCAGGUCUCAUGGUCAUGACAGUGUCAGACCCCGGCAAACUCACCACUCUAACCUUUCCUAAGAAGCAAUCACAAAAGGUAUACUCUAUUGUCCAGGACAAGUGGUUCUCCUCAGUAUUUUAUCUUGUUCAGAAGGCCGGAAAGGGCUUUAAAGUCCUUCACGUUAACAUCAGCAUGCUAAGACAAAUGUAAUUCAUGCUGUACGGCCACAUGACUGGCUCAAACCAGUGGAUCCUCACAGUGCAUGUUUCUCAAGUCCCCUCACCUCAGAACACAAGCAGCAACACAUGUCCUUCAGCAGGACAGUCCAGAGUUAUCAUUCAGACCUCGGAAGAAGAUUCCAGGGAAUGAUGGCUGUAUUAGAACAGUCUUUGUGUCUUUGCUGGAUGGUCUCAGUAUUGAAAGUAUUUGAGCAGACUAAUUGACUGUUUUUUUUCUUCCAAAGUUUGAACAAAAUAAUUGGCUACACUAUAUAGGCAAAAGUAUGUGCACCCUGCACAUCACACUGAUAUGUGGUUCUUCUCCAAACUGUUUCCAUAAAUUUGGAAACAUACAAUUGUAUUUUGUGUCUUUUCACCAUUACUGCUCUUGUCUCUGAAUGAGCACAAACCCCACAGUCAGAUUCCAAGAUCUAAGGAAAGUCUUCCCAGAAGAUUAAAGCUCAUAAUAACAGGAAAGGGAAUAAAUCUGAUGGUCCGAUGUCCACAAACAUCUGGCCAUAUAGUGGCUUUUUAUUUUUGUGUUAAAGAAUGUGUCAUUGCCUUUCUGUCUGAAAUUAAAUUUCCAGAUUCAGAUUUUUAGGUGAAACUGUAGGAUGCACCAGCUCUCGUGACUGAGUGGGUGAUUUGUUAAAUCAUGGAAUCGCCUUAAUGAUGGAUGGAUGAUACGAUGUCUAUGGCACUGACUCUGAGCUUGUUCCAUCAUCUUCAUCUCUGGACUCACAAAAUGAGUUAGGAUCAGACUUUGACCUGAUUCUAAAAAUGUGUAGAAUUUGCAUUAAAUACUUUCAGAGAAACAAAGACUAGUGAACCCAAAUUCUUUGCCAUUUGACUUUCCACUGCCAUGCCUUGACUGUGCUAGUCAGCUAGUCCGCUAGCAUGCACACGUGCACAAUACAAACAAAAAUAACACUCAGAUAAAUAACAGCUCAAAACACUCACUAAAGUUAGUAGAAUUAAAGCCAAAACAGAGUAACAUUACUGAUUCAAGUGAAUAAACGGUGCUCAGAGUUACUCGUCUAUAAAAUGUUUACCAUCUUCAUCAUUAGAAUUUCAUUUGAUUGGCAAUUCGUUAUUAAUGUUAAAGAUAUUGUUAGUUUUUUUGUGGGCUGCUGCCCCACUACAAAUGAACCAAACUCCAGCACAGUUUAAAACUUCUUUGAUUUUUUUGAUAAAGGUAUAAAUAGGAUUUUGUAAGGAAACCUAAGUGUUAUGUGCUUUCUGGUGUUUGACGUUUCUCCCUUUCUGCUCCUGUGGAUGGAGACGUUUAAUGCAAGGUUUCUGUUCCUCCUUUUUUAGCUCAUAUGCUGAAUGAACUCUAAUUCAGUCUCAUUGUACGUUUCACUUUCAAAAAUGCAGCAAAAUGUUGGAUUUCGUUCCCUGUUUGUUCCAUUUCACUGCUUUACAUAGACUUAAAGAGACUGGCUGUAUAAAUAAUAUUUAAUACUGCUAAUACAGUGGCCCAGACUCACUAAAGUGAAUCAUGGAAGUCUGGAAGUCUGGUAUUGAUGGGUUUUUCUACAGCUACACAACAGAUCUAUGGUCAGGUAUCUUUCCUCACACCACAGACUGUAGUGAAUCUCGUGCUUAUGCUUAAGUCUUAUUUCAAUGUCCUUAUUUUCAGCAUUUCACUGCAAACCUAAAGCCUUUAUUACUUUUGACUUUUCGUUGUUUCCGAUGGUCGCGUUGUAAUUAGACUCCUGAAUAUUUUGUAAUGUGUUUUGAUUGAUCUGUGAUGUUGUGUAGAAUGAUUUACAUAUUUUUAAAUAAAAGUAG